UUUGAAAAGUCACCCGGAAACACUCUUGUAGCUGGAUUUGUGCUUUUGAGUGUCGGCGCGUGAACACGCAGAAAUCAAUACUCGCAGCUUUUUAAAAUUAAAAUCGAGAUAUCUGGAAGAUAAAAACUCUUAAGAGAUGUUUUAUCACAUCUCUUUGGAGCAUGAGAUUCUCCUGCAUCCCCGAUACUUUGGACCCAAUCUGUUGAACACAGUCAAACAGAAGCUGUUCACUGAGGUGGAGGGAACCUGUACAGGAAAGUAUGGCUUUGUUAUUGCAGUAACCACGAUCGAUAAUAUUGGUGCAGGUGUUAUCCAGCCUGGCAGAGGUUUUGUGCUGUAUCCCGUCAAAUACAAAGCCAUUGUAUUCCGUCCCUUUAAGGGAGAAGUUGUGGACGCUGUCGUCACCCAGGUUAACAAAGUUGGACUCUUUACAGAAAUUGGCCCCAUGUCUUGUUUCAUUUCUCGUCAUUCUAUCCCCUCUGAGAUGGAGUUUGACCCAAACUCAAAUCCUCCAUGCUAUAAGACAGUCGAUGAGGACAUUGUGAUCCAACAAGAUGAUGAAAUUCGACUGAAGAUUGUGGGAACUCGAGUGGAUAAGAAUGAUAUUUUUGCCAUCGGAUCUCUCAUGGAUGACUACCUGGGUCUUGUGAGCUGAUUCUUCUGCCAAGAAUAUAAGAAAUAUGAAACUUGAUGCUGUGGUGAUGCUAAAUAGUUUAUGUAUAUACUGUAAUUAUUUUCCCAUUCAUUUAAAGUUGUCUUUUUUCCCUCUUUUUUAUUGUUAUUUUUAUCCUCAUGUUAGUAUAUCCAUAGUUUUCCCAUGGCAACAGUUCGAUUGUGGAACAGCAUCAAGUUAAAUGGGAACAGCAUGUGAUGGAAAGACUUUGAACUCUUUAAUUUAAAGUGAGGUAGCAGAGAAAGGGUAAUUGUAUAUCAUCAGAUAAUGAAAGAUCCUGUGAGCAAAAGCAAUUAACAAGCAUGUUAUGGAAAGUCAAAGGUAUCAUUCGUCACAUUGCUUUUAGACUUAUUCAUCUCUUUAUUAUAUAAGGCCAUUUUUAAAAUAUUUUUGUAAAUGCCAGCCAGCCUGCGCUUGAAUAUAUUUUUCUUUUGUAAUACAGCACUCACAAAAUUUUGAA